AAACUCUAAAGAAGAUGUCUGAGAACAUUGUGUGCCACAAGUGCAACGAGGCCAUCACCAAGCGCAUGAUAACUGCCCUGGGCAAGACAUGGCAUCCGGAGCACUUCCUGUGCCGCCACUGUGACGAGCAGAUCGUGGACGCCACCUUCAACAUCCAGAGUGGAGAGCCCGUUUGCCAUAAGUGCUUCGUUGAGCGGUACACCUACACAUGUGCCGGCUGCAAGAAGCCAAUCCUAGAGCGAACCAUCUGUGCCAUGGGCGAAAAUUGGCACGAGGCAUGCUUCUGCUGUGACGGAGCAUGCAAGAAACCGUUGGCCAAUCAAUCGUUUUAUGAGCGGGAUGGCAAGGCUUAUUGCAAACAGGACUACGAGGAUCUGUUUGCGGCCAGGUGUGCCAAAUGCGAGAAACCCAUCACGGACUCAGCGGUGGUUGCCAUGAAUGUCAAAUGGCAUCGCGACUGUUUCCGAUGCAACAAGUGCGAGAAUCCCAUCACUUCGCAGACCUUCACCAUCGACGGAGACAAGCCGGUGUGCCCAGCCUGCAAUUGCUGAUGUCCUUGCAGGAUGUCCCCCAAGUACCUUGCCCACUUAAGCAUCGCAUGUUUCAGAGUUGGCCGUUCGUUUCUUUACACAACAGUUAAUGAUUGUAACCGAAUGACAAAAGGCUGAGGCAUAUCCCAGUAAUCAAAUCGAAUAAUAGACUUC